AUGGAAUCUGAAAACUCACUUUACUCCUGCUUGAGAGACAGAAUAUUAAACGAUCUGUUAGAAGAUAUCUGCAGAAGAGCUCCAUAUCUGGCUAUGAUAGUAGAUAAAACCUCUAUCAGUUUUUUAUCAGGGGCUGUCACGGUUCUCGAUCUUACAGAAAGAGGAAUUUCUGUCAUAGAACAAUUAGAAAAAACUAGAAUGCCAAUGCCAGAUAUUGAGGCAUUAUAUUUUGUGACACCAACUGACAAAGUGGUUAAGCAUAUUGCAGAAGAUUUUUCAAGUCGAGUUGCAACAUAUAGAACAGCACAUCUAUGUUUUACCUCAAGUUUAUCAGAUUGGCAGCUUACCUAUUUAGCGGCUUCACCUAUUAUGCCGUUUAUUCGAACCCUUAAAGAAGUCAACUGCGAAUUUCGAGUAUGUGGGCUUGACGCUUUUUCUCUUGAAGAAAAUCAUUUCAUGGGACCUCUUUAUCUCUCUGAAUCUCUUAUAGACCGCCAAACAGCAAUCUUAGCUCUUGCUAAAAAACUUGCUAAUCUUUGUGCAAUGCUUAAAGAAUUCCCUUAUGUUUGCUAUCAAUCUCUAUCUCCUCAAGCUGAAGAACUUGCUAUUGAGCUUGAACAACAAAUAGGAAUAGUGUAUAGGAAAAUCCCAUAAAUAAAAUUGCUUGAGGGAGAGAAAAUUAGCAGAGCUAAUUUCGCUCGAACCGAAUGCCAUUUUAUUUAUGGGGUUAGGUUUUCUUCUGAGAGCUUCUGUACAGCAAUAGCAGUUUUAACUCUGGCAGAUAUUAUUAGGGGAUAAAUUUGGUUAAACGGAUGAUAGAUCGUAAAUAUUAUUAUUAUAUUAUUAACUCUGGCAGAUAAGCCGAGGCACUGCUCCAAGUAUAUCAAGAGGCUCGAAGUUUUACCUCUCAGCACACCCGAGGAAGGUGACCCUUAGGCGGAACACGCGCAGGAGCUGAGUCAAGGAGCGCGAGGCGAACGCAGCCCGUUGAAGCCGGAAAAUCGUAUUUACCCUUUCCUUGGUGAAGCAAAGUGGAUCAGUCCAGAGGUCCAUGGGUCCGACACGUGGAUAAAUAUGGUGGCAGCCCUGGAGUAACAGCUAUACUGUAGUGGACGUUAAACGAUAUAGAUAAUAAUGUAAUGUAAUGUAUAGGAAAUCCCGAUUUGCAGUUCAAUGAAAAUAGGUCAACCCUGGUAAUUUUGGAUAGAAAAUUUGAUUUAUCAACACCAUUAUAUCAUGAUGUUCAUUAUGAGCCUAUGACACGAGAUAUCCUAGGAGUUUCAAUGGACGGACGUGUAAAAUAUGAGUCUGUUGAUAAUGAGAAUACUGUUUCUAAUAAAGACGCAACUUUAAAUGAGCUUGAUAAUAUAUGGACCAAGCUUCGCUAUGAUGAAGUGGAUGACGCACAAGGAACCUUGGUUGAUGAUUUGAAUGAAUUUCGAAAUAGAAAUCGAGAUGUAGAAGCUGCAGCUAAUCAAGAAGCUUUAAAUAUAAAACAAGUCGCUAGAGUUGUAGGUGGACUAUCAGAGUAUAAUGAAUAUAUGGCCAGAUUUGCAGUGCAUAGAUAUUUGAUUGAUUUAUUAUUAAAACGAUUUGUGGAUGAUGGGCUCAAUGAUGUCAGUGAAAUUGAACAAAUUUUGCUAACAGGAGUUGAUUCAAAUAGAAAUUGGAUAAAACCUGGGAAAAUCGUUCCAAGAGUUGUACAGAAAAUGAGACAAAUCACUGAUGAAGAAGAUAGACUAAGAUUAGCUUUAUUAACAGUUAUCUGUUUAGAGCUAAAAGAAAAGCAUAGAAAAAUGGUAACAGAUUUAUUACAAACCAAGCAUAUUUUUUUAAUAUCAAAAUUAGGCUAUCUAGGAAUUCAACCACAGACUUCUAACAGAAAAACUUUAUACAGAGAUGAAGAAAAUUUAAGAGAAAUCGUCAAAAAAAUGAAGCCUAUAGAGAAGGUCUAUAAUUAUUAUCAACCAAAGCUAAGAAAUAUUAUUAGAGCUGCAUUAGAUAAUCAGCUUGAUCCAAGCAAUUUUAUUUUUGGAAAAGCUGCACCACCUAAUCUUCAAGGAUUUGAAGGGCCAAUUUCUGUAGGAACUUCUCUUAGAAAAAAGCCAGCACAAUUAAAAUCUGCAAGAGGAAGAAAACGAAUCAUAAUCUUUAUUUUAGGAGGGUUGAGCUACGCUGAAGUUUGUCUUAUAAAAGAAUUCCAAAAUGAUGCACAAGUAAUUUUAGGAGGAAAUAAAAUUAUGGCUCCAUUGGAUUUUAUGGAAGAUACAUAAAAAUGGGUUAGAACUAGCCCAACCUCCUAACGUCUGUAGCUGGGGAGACCAGGGAUUUUUUAGAAGAAAGCUUUGGCGUUCGGUAUAAGUGUCCGAAUAGGUUUUUACUUGGUUUGGUGGAGCGCAAUGACCGGUUGGCGGACUGCAGGUACACAGCCAGGCUAAUGUUUUGGGAAAAUGGAGUUCGAAGUUGGAGAGGGUGUCCCAGCAAUACAAUGAGGUUCUUCUGGUCGAUCGGGAACGUUCCCAGCUGAUAUCAGGUAUUAUGUCCUGGGAUACAAUUUUUCAUCUUGGCCGAGAGGCAACAACAACGAAAUUGUUUUUCGAAUUUUUCUAGAAGAUAAGCCCCGUUGGUGUACGGCGCGGUGACCAAACUUUCCAAUGUGCAGGCCGAAUUCUGUUAGAAACACGACUUUGAACGCCGUUAGAUGAUUUUCGGCGAAGCAGACAAGUGGAGCAUUAUGGAAGGUGAUAAAGAUCUUCGGAUCCCUGCAGGGAGUUUAUAACCUAACUAAGUGUGUAAUGGAUUUUAUGGAAGAAAUUAGCUCAAUUGAAAGGAAAUCUGGAUAUGACAAUGGAGUUGAUCCUAGAGAUGUGAAUUUGCAAGUUUAG